CGUUUCACUGUCAGGUUUUCUUUGUCCGUCAUCUCUCCCCAUUCCCCCCAGUCCCCAUUCCUUCUCCUCCGCCUUCAACGGAACCUCAUAGAAUAUCAUGCAGUUUCUCACUGUUCCUCUACUCCUCCUCCCACUUCUCGCAUCUGCGGAAGCCGCAGGUGCAUUCAAGAUCUGCACAGCGGACACCAACAAGGCCUUUAGCCUAAAGUCCUAUGGCGAGCACAAAGCGGCUCUCCCAUAUUCUGUCCAUCUUCCUCAGGGCAUAAAAACCUAUGAUCCUAACACACCUAUCGAAGUAACAAUUUCUGGAAUUGCUUCGUACACAGAAAUCGUUCUGUACGCUGCACAGUCCCAGUACUACCAGAACCACACUGGCACCUGGGUCGAACUCAACGGCGAUGACUAUACGACAUUGGAUGGCAAUGACGAGAAGGCCGAUCCUGCGGGAUGUGGAAGUUACGGGAAGGGGGCUACUUUGAGCUCAAAGAGUGACAAGCAAAAGAAUCUCCCAGUUACUUUCAAAUGGCUUCCCCCAGUGCGACCGCUCAAUGACUCUAUCAAGUUUUACGGCAUUGUUGUGCAAGGAGGAAAUCAGGGCUUCAAGAUGGUAACAACAGAUGUUGGUGUUACUGCUGCCAACCCAUGGCCUGAAACCAAAAGACAAAACUCGGCUACUAGACACGCAGCUGCUGCCUCUACCCUGUUGGUCAUUGCGGGUGUCCUUGCGACAACAUUUAUCAUCUAAUAGUUCUAAUAUUGUCUCUAUGACCCCGCAAGCGGAAAGCCGGCUCUUUCCGAUGAUUCUAUAGUACUAGAACUAUGUGGUUACUUCCUUUUGUAGACUAAGUAGAUUGUAGAUUAAUCAUAGGACUCUACUGAUGUAGUUAAUAGCAAAUUCCACGCAGAUGAAUAAUAUGGUAUAUUGGAAAUACUCUCAAUAAAUUCCAGCUUAAAGCGUCUA